CCAGAAAUAGUGCUUCAGGUUAAGAACUUUGCUUCAGGAUGAGAACAGAAAUCGUGCUCCGGCGGCGUGGCAGCAGCAAGAGGCCCCAUUAGCUAAAGUGGUGCUUCAGGUUAAGAACAGUUUCAGGUUAAGUACGGACCUCCGGAACGAAUUAAGUACUUAAUCCGAGGUACCACUGUCUUUCUGUUAACUACAAAUUAGGUUAACAAGUUUGUCCCGAGCUGGACUCCGUAGCUGAGGGGUGGGGAAUGAGAGGAGCACAGCAAUAGAGGCGGACCAUUUGGGCGGACAAAUGUGAGUAGUAACGCCUUAGGAAUCACUGAAGUCUGUUUCUUCAACGUCAGGGGUGGAUGACCAGCCCCGGGCCUGACCCUUGGGCUGUGGAGCCAAAGCGUGUCUGGUCCUUGUCCUUAGAGUAACUGCAGGCAAGGCGCCGAGGGCUGGACAGUACAAGGACUACAACCCAGGCGGCUGUUGGAACAGAGGCCUUUGGCCGGAGCGGGGCUUGGCUGGGAAGAGCGGGAGGAGGCGGAGCCACUCUUGCAUGCAGAUAAGGCGGCGCCGCGGAGCAUUAUGGGGGAGCAUGAAACGGGCUUCGCGGGCCUUCAGAGAGGUUGGGGCUCCGUCAGACUGGACAGGUAGAUGAUGCCCGACUGCGAGCGAGGGAAGGAAAGCGAGGACAGGGCCCUCGGGCGGGUCUUGGUAUGUUCGCUGUGCUUUGAAGGGAUGCGGGAGGACGGCGGCCCGGGUCCGGUCUGAUAAGAAAGCAUACUUACCUGGCAGGGGAGACACCUUGAUCAUGAAGGAGGUUUUCCCAGGGUGAGGCUCAUCCAUUGCACUGCGGGUGUGCUGACCCCUGCGAUUUCCCCAAAUGCGGGAAACUCGACUGCAUAAUUUGUGGUAGUGGGGGACUGCGUUCGCGCUUUCCCCUGCUCAUUCGUGUGCAAAAAAAACAGAAAUGAAAGUUGUAGAAGUAAUGUUGUUACUUUAUUUUGUGGCAUGUGAGUGGUGCCCGUUGAUUUGCAGGAUUCUGGCUUUUUUGUGUACAUUUUCUUUUGCUCUUUGGUUUGUUUUUCAAACUGAGACAGUCCUAUGGAGUCCAAAAGUUUCUAGUGUAGUAUAUGGGAGGUGUAUCUAAAAUUGUUACUGUGCAAUCCAAUAUAGAAUAUACAAAACAUAACAAGAAGUUAGAACUCGACUGCAUAAUUUGUGAUACCGGGGCUUUGUGUUCAUGCUUUCCACUAACUGGUGUUAAAAAACCCCAGAAGGAUGCACUGCCUGGAGCUGAGGAGCUUCUGCCUGAGUUCUCCACUUCUUGGGGGCCUGCUGUGGAAAAGAGGGUGAAGGAGGAAUCAUUGUCUGGGGGUGUGUGCCAGAAAAACGGGUGCAGCAGGAGGAAUGACUAGUGUGCAAACAACAGAAUUAAUAUGCCUUGUUCAUACUCUUUUUCUACAUUGUAUUCCACUUUCAAAUUUGUUGCAAUUCUGAUUAAAAUCAAACUUCUCAGGAAAUUGGCCACAUUUUGGUCAGUAAAGUUGCCUGACAUUGAGUGCUACUUGCUAGGAAUCAGGAGUGCCAAAGGGAUCCUGUGCUCACGGCCUCCUUGUGGGAUUCACAAGAGACACGUCUGUCUGGUUGGUCCCUGGGAGAAGAGCAUUCCACCAAGUACAGUAGGUGUUGGGUCUCAUCCCCGUUUUCUUACGUUCUAACAUGAACUGAUUGGAUAACCACAAGAAACACCGCGAAGUUGCUCUGGCUUUAUAACCUUUUCCGCAGACAAUGGCUUUGCAGUAAUAAUAAUAAUAAUAAUAAUAAUAAUUUAUUAUUUAUACCCCGCCCAUCUGGCUGUGUUUUCCCAGCCACUCUGGACCGCUUCCAACAAAACAUUAAAAUACAAUAACCUAUUAAACAUUAAAAGCUUCCCUAAACAGGGCUGCCUUCAGAUGUCUUCUAAAGGUUUGGUAGUUAUUUUUCUCUUUGACAUCUGGUGGGAGGGCAUUCCACAGGGCGGGUGCCACUACCAAGAAGGCCCUCUGCCUGGUUCCCUGUAACUUGGCUUCUCGUAGCGAGUGAACCACCAGAAGGCCCUCGGCGCUGGACCUCAGUGUCUGGGCAGAAUAAUGGCGGUGGAGACGCUCCUUCAGGUAUACUGGACCGAGGCCGUUUAGGGCUUUAAAGGUCAGCACCAACACUUUGAAUUGUGCUCAGAAACGUACUUUGAGGCAGUAUAGGUAUUUCAAGACCGGUGUUAUAUGGUCUUGGCAGCCGCUUCCAGUCACCAGUCUAGCUACUGCAUUCUGGAUUAGUUGUAGUUUCCGGGUCACCUUCAAAGGUAGCCCCACAUAGAGCGCAUUGCAGUAGUCCAAGUGAGAAAUAACCAGAGCAUGCACCACUCUGGCGAGACAGUCUGCGGGCAGGUAGGGUCUCAGCCUGCAUACCUGGUAAACAGCUGCCCUGGACACAGAAUUGAUCUGUGCCCCCAUCGCCCAGCCAUUUCCAGCUAGCUUUUAUAAGCCAGGAUGGGCAAGGAUCAAGGAGACAGGUGGUUGGUUUCACUAGUCCAAGCAGCCUGUGCACAUCCUUGGAGGUAACAGAUUGGAAUUGAUCCCACACAACUUGACUAGACAGGACUCUAGCACUCUCCGGCCCCAACCCUGUUCCCACGGUGGAGUCUACCUCUUCUCGAAUCUGAGGGACUUUAUCUGCAAAAAACUUUGCAAAAUCAUUGCAGGAGAUCAUGUGGCCCGUAGCACCGUCCUACGGCGUUCGUGGAAAUCAUGUAUAUAUAUUGAGUAUUCUUCAGGUAAUAGCUGAAGGGCGUUUCUUUUCCAUCUCGCUUUAAUUUCCACGCUAGUUCUUCUCAUGGCGUUCUCAUUGCCCACCGCACCCCACGUUUCUUUUUAGUGCUAAGGCAUUCCGUCAGGUUCCUGAGGAUCCUUUUCGCAGCAACUCUUCUGCCUCCGUUUUGCUCAGUAGCUUUUCCUUGGGAAAGUGCCUCCAAUCGCCUUUUCUGUGGUAUUUCUGUUAACUACAAGUUAGGUUAACAAGUUUGUCCCAAGCUGGACUCCAAAGCUGAGGGGUGGGGAAUGAGAGGAGCACAGCAAUAGAGACGGACCAAUUGGGCGGACAAAUGCUAGUAACGCCUUAGGAAUCACUGAAGUCUAUUUCUUCAACGUCUGGGGUGGAUGACCAGCCCCGGGCCUGACCCUUGGGCUAUGGAGCCAAAGCGUGUCUGGUCCUUGCCCUUAUAAGCAUUGCAGGCCAGGCGCCGAGGGCUCGACAGUACAAGGACUACAACCAAGGCGGCCGCUGGAACAGAGGCCUUUGGCCAGAGCGGGGCUUGGCUGGGAAGAGCGGGAGGAGGCGGAGCCACUCUCGCAUGCAGAUGAGGUGCCGCCGCGGAGCAUUAUGGGGGAGCAUGAAACGGGCUUCGCGGGCCUUCGGAGAAGUCAGGGUCCGUCAGGCUGGGCCGGUAGAUGAUGCCCGAUUGCGAGCGAGGAAAGGAAAGCGGGGACGGGGCAGUCGGGCGGGUCUUGGUAUGCUCGCUGUGCUCUGGAAGAGCGCGGGAGGACGGCGGCCCGGGUCCGGUCUGAUCCCAAAGCAUACUUACCUGGCAGGGGAGACACCUUGAUCAUGAAGGAGGUUUUCCCAGGGUGAGGCUCAUCCAUUGCACUGCGGGUGUGCUGACCCCUGCGAUUUCCCCAAAUGCGGGAAACUCGACUGCAUAAUUUGUGGUAGUGGGGGACUGCGUUCGCGCUUUCCCCUGACAAUUCAUGUGCAAAAAAACAGAAAUGAAAGUUCUAGAAGUAAUGUAGUAUCUUUACUUUUGGUGGCAUGUGACUGAUGCCUGUUUCUUUGCAGGACUUGCGGCUUUUUUGUGUACAUUUUCUUUUGCUCUUUGGUUUGUUUUUUAGACUAAGACAGUCCUAUGGAGUCCAAAAGUUUCUGGUGUAAUUUAUGGGAGGUGUAUUUAAAAUCGUUACUGUGCAAUCCGAUAUAGAAUAUACAAAACAUAACAAGAAGGUAGAACUCGACUGCAUAAUUUGUGAUACCGGGGAUUGUGUUCAUGCUUUCCACUAACUGGUGUUUCAAAAACCAGAAGGAUGCCCUGCCUGGAGCUGAGGAGCUUCUGCCUGAUUUCUCCACUCCUUGGGAGCCUGCUGUGGAAAAUGGGGUGAAGGAGGAAUCAGUGUCUGGGGGCGGUGCCAGAAAAACGGUUGCUGCAGGAGGAAUUGCAGGCAUGUAAUAACACACAGGAAAAAUUCAGGGUGUGUGUGCACACUGCAGAAGAGCAGCAGAUUCCUGCUGAUUUUCUUACUCCACUGCAAAGUGCUGCAGACAAGAGGACAAUGGUGGUCACACAGCAAUACCUAGCAGGUUAAAGAGUGGAGCAAGCCCUCGAAAAUGCUCUGUUUCUCUAAAGCAGGAGCCUUUUUGGCUCCACACACCAGAUCCCUAUCAGGAUCGGCCUUCAGGCGCCCCAUUUGACAUGUGAGCAGCACAGCCUACCUGUCUCAGUUAGCCUGACAGUUAGUUCCUUGCAUCUCCAAACCAGACUGCUUGGAUCCUAACAAUGCCUCAUGGCAAACUACUUUUGAAAGCAUCAUUUUCAAACUGGGGGGCACUAGGCUAGCAACAGCCCUUUGCCCUGGAAUAUGUAGUGGCUUUGAUCCCUGUCUAGAUCUGAAGUACUCUUCUCUUCUGUUCCUUAAGGAAAUGUUGAGAGGUUUGUUUUGUUUCUUCAAUCUAAGAUUUCAGCAAUCAAUAUUCUCCAUGGAUGCCCUUUUCUAACCAUUUCCUUCCUCGCAGAUCCUGAGCCCUAUGUAUUCCUGUCGUUCCAACACUUAUACUUUGAGCUGCCUUCUUCCACUAAACUACCUCUCUGUUUUCUUCUAGCUUACAUUCUUCCUUGUGUGAAACAUACUAUAGAUCUAGAAGUCUCUUCCAAACCACAUUCUGCAGAAAGAGUUACACAGGAACAACGGGAAAGAGUGGCGGGAGACCUGUCAGGGAAUUUGUUUGUCUUACCUUCCUUGCCUACAAAGAAUAAUUUCAAAUCUUUCGAAGACUGUGUGGCACUAGCAAUGUGGAAAGGGAACUUAACAGCAUGCUGCGACCCCACUAACCAACAGAUGGCCAUGUCAAAGAGCGAUGGCGGUUCGGUAAACACAGGCCCCAAAGGGGUGAUCAACGACUGGAGGAGAUUCAAGCAGCUGGAGACAGAGCAGCGAGAGGAACAGUGCCGGGAGAUGAAACGCCUCAUCCAGAAGCUCUCGAUGACAUGCAGGUCCCACCUGGACGAUGAGGAGGACAAGCGGAAGCAGCAGGAGCUCCAGAAAAAGCUGGAUGGCAAGCUAACCCUGCAGGAGUACAGCGCGCUGCGUGAGGGCCCAGAUGACGAGGAGUUCCUGCAGCAGUACCGCAAACGGCGCAUGGAGGAGAUGCGGCUGCAGCUGCGCGGUGGGCAGCACUUCCAGCAGGUUGUCGAGAUCCACAGUGGGGAGGCCUUCCUGGACACCAUCGACAAAGCGCCCAAGAAUUCCCUGGUGAUGGUCCACGUCUACGAGGAUGAUGUCCCAGGGGCCGACUCCCUCCACGGAUGCAUGGUCUGCCUGGCCACUGAGUACCCCGUGGUCAAGUUCUGCCGGGUGCGGAGCUCCCUGAUCGGCGCCAGCUCCCGCUUCACCACCAGCGCCCUGCCGGCACUCCUGGUCUACAAGGGUGGGGAGCUGGUGGGCAACUUUGUCCGUGUCACUGACCAGCUGGGUGAGGACUUCUUCACCGGGGACCUGGAGGGCUUCCUGCAGGAGUGCGGCCUGCUCCCUGAGAAGGACCUGGUGCUCCUCACCUCUGUCCUCGAUGCCUCCUCCUCCUGCCUCAGUGAGGACAGUGACCUGGAGAUCAACUGAGGGCAUCCUAGGGGGAGCAGAGAGGCACCUGUGAAGGGGCGAGUGGAAAAGCCCACCCUUCACCUAUGGAAGCAAAGGCCCAGAAAAAGUUAAAUAUGGAGAAUAAAUGGUUGAGAUAUUCGGAUUUAUUGUUGGAAGAUAAUAAAGGAUUUAAAUUAAGACCAUUUGAGCAAAUUAAAUUGGAUUGGCUACAGUAUUAUCAGAUCAACGAAUGGUUUAAGCUUGAUAAGAAAAAUGGGUUUGCAUCGGAAAAAAACAAUUUGGAAAUGGAGUUGUUAGGUACUAAUGUCAAAAACUUAUCGAAAAUGUAUAAUUUACUGUUGGAGUGGCAUACAAUGGAUGAACAAGUCAAAUCUGUGAUGAUAGAUUGGGCAAGAGAUGUUGGGCACAAUAUAAUGUGGGAAGGUUGGGAAAGGUUGUGGAAUAAAGGGGUUAAGUUUACUGUACUGUACUAAAAGAAAAUAUCAUGAAAAUGAUGCAUAGAUGGUACUUAACCCCAGUAAAACUAGCAAAGAUUUAUCAUAUGAGUGAUAACUUAUGUUGGAAAUGUAAAGAAAAGGAAGGUACCUUUUAUCAUAUGUGGUGGACAUGUCCCAAGGUGAAAGACUUCUGGGAAAAGAUUUAUAAUGAGUUGAAAAAGAUGUUGAAAUAUACAUUUAUUAAAAAACCUUUCUACUUGGAAUAAUAGGUUUGGAAUUGCCCAAGAAAGAUGUUAGAUUGUUUUUAUAUGUCACAACUGCAGCAAGAAUUCUGUUAGCCAAAAAUUGAAAAUUACAAGAAAUACCAACAGUGGAGGAAUGGCAGAGGAAGAUGAUGGACUUUUUGGAGCUGGCCGACCUGACCAGAAGAAUCCGCGAACAGAAAGAGGAGGAGUAUCAAGAAGAAUGGAAGAAAUUUAAGGAUUAUUUAGCCAAAUAUUCUAAGAUUAUAUAAGUAGAAUUAUUUGUGAGUACCGUAUUGGCUUAGGAGUUAAGUAUGUUAAAUAGCAUAAUAUUAUGGAUAGAAGUUAAUAUGAUAAGAAAGAAAGAAGUUAAUCGACCAAGUUAAUCUUAUUUGAAAAUAGUAUUGGAAAACUGCUACAAUGAUUUACAUGGAAACUCAGCUAGGGGGAUUCGAGGAAGUCACUCAAUAAUGGUACAAAAGUGGGAUUAUAAUAGCUAGGAUAAUUGUUUGUAUGUUUUUUUAUAUUGUAAUGUUUUUCUUUUAUGUUUGUUAUUAAUUUGGAAAACCAAUAGAAAAAAUUGGAAAAAAAGAAAAGAAAAGCCCACCCUUUAAUAGCCCCUAGAAGGCAGUUACCCAGUUGCUACCCCCCACCCCCGUUCCCAAAUGGAGGAGCCACCUCAAUCCUCCUGCUGAAACCUGUCCAGCAGCCUGCAGCCCCUCUGCUCUGUGAAGAAAGGAAUGAAAAACAAACAGCGAAGCAAGUAUUUAACAGACAUAAUAAAAAACGAAUGUCAAACUUGCUGUAUUUUAAUAAAUAAUUAUCAAAUCAAGUACUAUCUGCAGUCUAAAUUGUGUUUUUUUUUAACACCAGUUAAUGGAAAGCAUGAACACAAUCCCCAGUAUCACAAAUUAUGCAGUCGAGCUCUACCUUCUUGUAUAUCUCCUGUUUUGUAUACUGUGGUGUAAACCACUGAGCCUUGGGCUUGCCGAUCGGAAGGCGGUUUGAAUCCCCGCGAUGGGGUGAGCUCCCAUUGUUCAGUCCCAGCUCCUGCCAACCUAGCAGUUCAAAAGCACGUCAAAGUGCACUUUUAAUUGUUUUUACAGUGGUACCUCAGGUUACAGACGCUUCAGGUUACAGACUCCGCUAACCCAGAAAUAGUACCUCGGGUUAAGAACUUUGCUUCAGGAUGAGAACAGAAAUUGUGCUCUGGCGGCGUGGCGGCAGCGGGAGGCCCCAUUAGCUAAAGUGGUACCUCAGGUUAAGAACAGUUUCAGGUUAAGAACAGACCCCCAGAACAAAUUAAGUUCUGGUCCCGAGGUACCACUGUAUUCUGAUUUCAUAUGGCUAAAUUUUGUAAGCUGCCUAAGGGGUCUUCUGUGGAAAGGCAGGAUAGAAUUCUAAUAAACCAAUAAGGUUGCAAUAAGGCUACAUAUAUUUAUGAGUCUCCUCGCUCUUUAUUUGCCAUUUUAAGUUUAAUUCCUUCAAUGUAGAUUUGAUUAGAGUCUCUAUAGGUCACUCUAAUAUGAUGUAUGUGUCAACAUGCACAGUUUAAAUAGCAGCUGUUGUGUUACCACCUGCAGGAAUGAUGAAAACCUGCAGCAAUUCUG